AUGCCGCCCAAACACGCGCGCACGCCGAGUGUGAAGAAAAGAUCGCCGCCCAGCGAACCGCCUUCGCCCACCGCCGCAAUCACCCAAGCAGCAGAGAAAGCAGAGAAGACGGUGCAAGUCGUCAAAGACGCGGUCAAAACGAAAGCGCAGCCGCCUCCGCAUGGCUACGAGUUCGGAGGGCCCCCGCUCGUCACCGUCCUUGUCAUCUUCUUGCCGAUUCUGUGCUACAUCUUGGCCUUUGUCUGCAACGAUGUGUCCGGUUGUCCGGCGCCUUCGCUCCGCUCGCCGAGGAAGCUGUUCACCGCCCCGCCGUUGUCCAACAAAUCUGGCUGGCAACAUGGAAUCGAUACGUUGAAGCGCGAAGUCGGCUGGCCUGGCUUGACGGGUCUGCUGAAUGUGGAAGGCGCUUUGGGAACGCUUGCGUGGUAUGCUCUCAGUCUGGCCUUGUGGGCGCUGCUCCCGGCGUAUGAAGUCGAGGGGACGGAAUUGCGGACAGGUGGGAAGUUGAAGUAUCGAUUCAAUGCCUUCUUUUCAUCGGUCGUGAUCAUGAUUGCCUGCGCAGCUGGCACUUGGGUCCGUGGACCAGACUUCCCAGUCUGGACGUUCAUCAACCGCAACUACAUCCAGAUCUUGACCAGCAACAUUCUCAUCUCCUACGCUCUUGCCAUCUACUCCUACGUCAAGUCCUUCAGCGUCAAGCCGCACAACAAGGAGAAGCGAGAGCUUGCAGCUGGUGGACACAGCGGAAACCUGAUCUACGACUUCUUCAUUGGCCGAGAGAUGAAUCCGCGCGUGACGAUACCGCUGAUUGGUGAGGUGGACAUCAAGUCCUUCAUGGAGCUCCGCCCGGGCAUGUUGGGGUGGAUCAUGCUGGAUCUGGCGUUUAUGGCCAAGCAGUACAAGAGCUACGGCUAUGUCACUGACUCGAUGAUCAUGACGACCGUCGCUCAAUCCCUCUACACCUUCGAUGGCAUCUACAUGGAGUCGGCCAUUCUGACCACCAUGGACAUCACUAACGACGGCUUCGGCUUCAUGCUGGCCUUUGGCGAUCUGGUCUGGGUGCCCUUCAUCUACUCCCUCCAAGCCAAAUACCUCUCCGUGCACCCCGUCGUUCUCGGCCCGACGUACAUCCUGGCCAUCCUCGGCGUCGCGGGCAUCGGCUUCUACAUCUUCCGCUCGGCGAACAACGAGAAGAAUCGCUUCCGCAACAACCCUCACGACCCGAAAGUCUCGCACUUGAGCUCCAUCAAGACCGCCAAUGGCUCUCGUCUGCUGACAUCCGGCUGGUGGGGCACCGCGCGCCAUAUCAACUAUCUCGGCGACUUCAUCCUGUCUUGGGCGUACUGCCUUCCCACGCUGCUGGCGGGCUACAAGCUGACGCCGUCGGUGCUCUACCCCGGCAUGAGGCUGGUGAGCACGGAGGGGAUGAAGGGGUAUGCCAUUCCCAUCACCUACUUCUACCUCAUCUACUUCGCCGUGCUACUGGUGCACCGCGAGCGUAGAGAUGAGGAGAAGUGUCGGCGAAAAUAUGGCAAGGAUUGGGAGGAGUAUUGCAGGCUGGUCAGAUGGAGGAUCAUCCCUGGCGUGUAUUGA